AUGGGAGUCCUUCAGAGCCUGCUUCAUGUCAUUUUAGCUCUCCAGGUCACGUCGUUCGACCUGCGGGUAGCUCUCCAGCGUUUCGGCUUGACUGCAAUUAUCUCUGCGGGGGUUGUGUGGCUGCUGAUGUUGCCGUGGAUUCGUCGGCAAGCAUAUGAGUUUUGUAUCAACUUGCACAUCGUUUUAGGUCUUUUUACCAUCGUGACUCUCUGGAUUCACUUGAAGAAUCGUUUUGAUCUUGACGGAUAUCUCCUGAUUGGGAGCCUUGGGCUCCUUGGUCUAACUACGCUCAUACAGGUCGUAUAUCAGGUCUACCGUAACGGGCGGGGUCUGGCUGUCGCCGAAAAAGAGAAACUGGAAGGGGCUGUACUGUUAUCAUUCACUCCCACUCGUCCUUGGAAGGUCCGUGCAGGCCAAUAUAUCUAUCUGAGGAUCCCUGCUGUUCGCCUUCUUUCAUUCGCAGAGUCACAUCCACUGAAUAUUCUUUGGUGGGAGGAAAACAACACAGACGAGAAAGCUAGUCGCAUAACAGUGCUUGCUAAGGUUGAAUCAGGUUUCACUAGGCGACUAGAGUCUUGUCCAUAUAAUUCUUUGCGAAUUCUUCUCGAUGGUCCAUACGGCAAACCGAAAGAUACAGUUCACUAUGACAACUUUGUCUUUAUCGCUACUGGCAUUGGAAUCUCAGCACAGCUUGCUUAUCUAAAGGAGCUGAUUAUGCGAAAGGAUCGUGGUUAUCGCUUGAGAAGAGUUUGCCUGGUUUGGCAAGUCGACCAACAAGCCCAUGAUGAAUGGAUUUGUGACUAUAUGAAUCAAUUGCUCGACUUGGACAAACCGGAGUUGGUUCUCCGUUGGGCUUUAUUUGUUAACUCAAGCCCUCCAACAGGCUAUUCUACGAAAGGCAACGGGGAUUUUAUAACCGAAAGCGGAAGACGUGGUCUUGAGUUCUACGGAAAGCCAGAUCUGAAAGACAUUCUCAAAAAUGAAGUUGAAUUGUGCCCAAGAAAACUUCUCCUCGUCGUUUCCGCUGACCCACAAACACGAGACAUGUGUCGGUAUCUCGCUUUGAAGCAAAAGAAAAAGAUUGAUUUCUUUGAAACGGAAUUUCAACCUGCCCCGGCACAGGGAGGAUUCUGGGCACCAGAGGGGGGACCAAUCAAGUCAUGGGAACAAUGA